AUGGCAUUUCCACGAUCGCCGGAUUUACCGUUUACCGGUCCAGCAAAUCGCCUAAGCCAGUCACUACUUCAUUUGCACAUUGUCGGCUCAACUCCUCAAUUCACUCCAAUAAGUGUCAGUGGUAGCCCAAUCAUAUCGGAUUGGAUGUGUCGCUUCCAGCAACAAAAAAUUCCACCAAAUGAUCUCGACACGAAAUCUCUGACUACGAUACUGAGAGGCAUGCGUCUUACAGAAGAUCAAUUAAAAGCAAAUAGUUUCCCACGAUGGAAAGAUGGAGAUAGGACGAAGGUUGUUGUUGAGCCCAGUUUCUAUGACUUUAUGAGUGGACGAAGGGAAUUCAUUCCAGACGAUGGUAUUACUAUUAGUCUUAUUAGUGAUUCGUUGCUUAAUCAUUCAUGA